AACAGGCAGUGGAUAUGGCACUGAACCCAGUAUAAAUCCAUGCCAAUGAUUCUCCACUCCUGAAGCAAGCACAAGCGAGUGAAGAUUGGCAGACAAUGGCAAUACUAGGACUGGCUUUGGCUGCUUUCAUUCUUGCAGCAAAGGCAACAACAUUGGCAUCAGCUGCUUCACUUGUCACAUAUAUUUUUGGUGACUCAUUGACAGAAGUUGGAAACAAUAAGUAUCUUCAAUAUUCUCUUGCAAGAUCUGAUUAUCCGUGGUAUGGGAUCGAUUUUUCUGGUGGACAGGCAACAGGAAGGUUCACAAAUGGGAGGACUAUUGGUGAUAUAAUUUCUGCAAAACUAGGAAUUCCCUCACCACCACCUUACCUUUCUUUGUCAAAGAAUGAUGAUGCAUUACUUACGGGGGUUAAUUAUGCAUCUGGUGGAGCAGGAAUUCUUAAUGAAACAGGAUUAUAUUUUAUUCAGAGAUUGUCCUUUGAUGAUCAGAUAGAGUGCUUUAAAAAGACUAAGGAAUCAAUCAAGGCUAAAAUAGGAGAAGAUGCUGCCAACAGACUUUGCAAUAAGGCCAUGUACUUCAUUGGUCUUGGCAGUAAUGACUAUGUCAACAAUUAUUUACAGCCCUUUUUAGCAGAUGGUCAGCAGUACACACCUGAUGAGUUUGUGGAACUCCUGAUAUCUACACUGGACAAACAGCUUUCGAUGCUAUACCAACUGGGUGCCAGAAAGGUUGUCUUUCACGGGCUUGGCCCUCUUGGCUGCAUUCCUUCUCAGAGGGUGAAAUCAAAGACAGGUCGAUGCUUAAAGAGAGUAAAUGAGUAUGUGUUAGAAUUCAACUCCAGAGUUAAGAAGCUGAUCGCCACUCUAAACCAACGAUUCCCAAAUGCAAAACUAGCAUUUGCAGAUACGUACGGAGAUGUUUUGGACUUGAUUGAUAAUCCCACUGCUUAUGGCUUCAAGAUCUCCAACACUUCAUGCUGCAACGUGGAUACCACCAUAGGUGGUUUAUGCUUGCCUAACUCAAAACUAUGCAGCAACCGGAAGGACUACGUGUUCUGGGAUGCAUUCCAUCCUUCUGAUGCAGCAAAUGCAAUACUAGCAGAAAAGUUCUUUUCCACCCUGUUCUCAGGCCCGCCAUCUAUGGCACCAACACCUUCUCAUUGAUUUUUACCUCUGAGAACACCAAAGUUGAAUCCAUGGAGCUGCGGCAAUCCCUGUAAAGCGAACAAGGGCUCACCCAUCUAUCAAUAUUGCGUUUUUUUGAUGAAGAGACAAACACUAUAUUCCAUACAAAUGCUUGUACGAAUUAUUUCCAUUGUGAGAAAAUGUACUUCUGAGAACUAAUUCCAAUUAAAAAUUUGUUUGAAUAGUAAAU